AUGUUGAUAUCAUUCAGAUCGGUAGGGGAGAUCAAAACUGAUGAUAUCGAAGAGCUCAAAGCUGAUGUCCUGACGUGCAUAAAAAAGAGACGUUUGAUCAAAAUUUUUGAUAUGACAGACACUUCAAAUAUGCCAAAUGAUAUGAGUGAAGUGAUACUGAUGGCUCUGAAGGAUGUGAAGAAAGAAAGCAAGCUGAGUCAGCUGAAGCUUGCAUUAUACUGGAACAAAAUCGACACUGCCAGAGAUAUCAUGCGAAACAUAAGCAGAGAGAAUCUCAAAACCGUUUUCGAUGACGAAGGGAUUAUAACAUCUGCUCUGAUGUUGGAUAGAUUUGCCUUCAUGGACAUCUUCCUCCUCAAAGGCAAGGACAUGACAAGCUACUUGACGGAAGAAAGGCUCAAACAGUUGUAUCUUCAGAUUCCAAGUGACGGUGUCCUGGGAACCAUUUUUUGGAAAACUUGCAAAAAAAACAAUUUAGGAGAAAGUGUGAGUAUGAGAAAGUGGGAACGCCUGCAAUUAUGA